CAGCGUCACACAGAGGCGGAACUAAAGUCACAGCGGGGUUUUCCUGUCGGAACGUAAAUAUCAGCGUGUCAAGGAAAAUGAAAAUGAGGCUUUCCUCCCCAGUUGAGCGCCUGGGUUGGAGCUUCACCCUCAACAGGACAUGAAAUCCCUGAGGUUUCACUGGAUCUGCCUCCUCCUCCUCUCUGUCUGCCUGCUGCUAUGGUACAGUCACGUGAUGAGGUCCGGUCCCGCCGUGAAAACGGGCCUGCGGGGUUACGUGAGGGUCCAUCCCAACACUCGCUCCGCUCCGUAUUUCCUGGACUUCCGCUGCGGCCGCUGCGCCGUGGUGUCCAGCUCCGGGCAGAUGCUGGGCGGCGGACGGGGUCAGGAGAUCGACGGACGGGACUGUGUGAUCCGGAUGAACGCGGCGCCCACCGCCGGCUACGAGGCCGAUGUGGGGAACAGGACCAGUCUGCGGGUGGUGUCUCACACCAGCGUGCCGCACCUGAUAAAGCGGCAGGGCUACUUCUUCGGCCGAGAAGCGGACACUACGUACGUCAUCUGGGGCCCCGAGAAAAACAUGAGGAAGGACGGAAAGGGGAAGAUCUUCAACGCGCUAGUGACUCUGGCCAAGAAGUAUCCGCAGGCGCACAUCUACGCCGUCACCAGAGAGAAGGUCCAGUACUGCGACGGCGUCUUUCAAAACGAGACGGGCAAGAACAGGAUGAAAUCGGGAGCGUUUCUCAGUACAGGGUUUUUUACAAUGAUUUUGGCUCUGGAGGUGUGUGACAGUAUUCUGGUUUAUGGAAUGAUUGACGGCUCUUACUGCAGUAACGCCAGCCACUCGUUUGUGCCGUACCACUACUACGAGCCGUCUCGUCUGGACGAGUGCCGCAUGUACCGCGCUCACGAACACGCCAAGAGAGGAGGCCACCGCUUCAUCACAGAGAAGCUGAUCUACAGCCGCUGGGCGUCUCAGGGGAAGCUGCGCUUCGUUUACCCGGCCUGGGCGCGCCGGAGAGGCUAGUCUCGGCCUGCUUCGACUCGACUCGCCGCGGGGUCGUGUGUCCGUUCCCGAAGAACCACUGCGGUGCUCUCACUGUGCUUUUUGCUCACGCUGCUUUGCCUUCGCUGCGGUUUUAUCCCUCCGCUCCUCGACUGAACUUUGCGUUAUCGCCAAAACUGACAAAAACGCCACCGUCCCUUUGUUUGUCUUUCGCGUGUUCGUUCCAUCUCUGGUUUGCUAGCGCUUUCCAUUUCAGAUCACAUAACAAUCGUUUGAAACAUGAUUUUGUGGUCAUCUGUUUCGAUCAGCUGGAAGCACUAGAGAGCGCUGGCCUGCUGGAAACUCACGCUUAGUUAACAGUAUUAAGUGAUAACUAACUAACUGUCACGCACUGAACUUGCUGGGAUGUUACGUUCAUCCCUCAAACCAUUCAUUCGGAAACAUUAGGAUAAUUCUGUCCACGUUAUAUAAUGCAUAACCACUGCAUUUAAUCACUGCAUUCAUUUAUUUUCAUACUAUAUUAUUAUUAUUAAUGAGUGAUAUUAAAAACACGACACCACUGUUUCGACACACUGAUGAUUUUAUUAUUAACACUGUGAUUUUUUUAAUACUGAGCAAAAUGUUUUUUAACUAUUUAAUUUUUCCCCCAGAAUGCUUUUCUUUUCACGUUUUGCUCCGAUAUUUUUUUAAUGCAUGUGUUUCUAGAGAAUUUUAUCUUUGGCCUCCUAACCCAGGUUUCCUGUAAGGUACUGUGCUUUUAUGAUUAUAUACAUUUAUUUUUGUAUUUAUUCCAAGGUGGAAGACGUUACUGCGGAGCCAGACUGCUGUUCUUGGCUCGUGAUGUGAGUCUUCGUGCUUGUCCUAGCAAUCUUUAUCUUUUUCGUAUAUUAAUUGCGUUUGUGAAUGAAUAUGAGGUCACAUUAUAGACUGAUAUCAUACGAUGGUAUUCAAUAUAAUGGAUGGGUGUUUUUACAUGACGUUGUGUUUUAUUUUCAGCGAUGUGUUUUUUAUUCUCACACACACAGUUUGGUGUAGAUAAUUCUGUGCUGAUGGUUUUAUCUGCGGACUAAAGUUGGAUCCUUUCUUGCUCUGUAUCUGACAUUUAAAUUGCUGUUUAAUAAACUAAGCAGUAUUACAAAUUAA